CCCUGAUCUUGUGCUGUCGAUGAAGAAUUACUUCGACGCCGGCGGUAAGGGACCGAUGCCGGUUAUCAGCCUAGGCGCCAGCAACUCGGACAAUCGGCCUCCAACUAGACACGCUCAAUGCACACCCAACUUGGUGACUCCACCCGCCGGCAAUGUCGGCGCUAGAGAGGAUUCGCCGGACCUGGGGGGGCCCAGUACUAGCCCCUCAGUCACCUGCACGCCUGGCCUCGGUCCUUCAACGCGAGCCGAGCUCGACGCCCUCACGGCGAACGCGACUCCUUGCACCUUGCUACUGAAUGUGGACAACAAGUUGAAGGCUGUAGCGAGCGGCAGUGUCAUCCUGCCAACACAGCGGAUUUUCCACUGCGUCAGGAUGGAUGAUAGCUUGAGCCGGGUUCGCGUGAACCGGUCGUUACCGGGAUGCCAAGACCUCCAUCCUCCUUAUCAACCCCCGGAAACGGAAACCCCGCUCACUCUCGGGGACCUCAAGAAUCACAUCCUUCUAUGGCCGAAAGCCCUAAUUCGGCUGAACACCGCCUCAGGUUCGGAGGCAAGCUAUGGCAUGGUCACUCCUCAGGAUGCAACGGAUGCCCCGAGCCAAGCCAAGGUCCCAGCUCCAACGACUGCUUUGACGGCAGGCAAAGGCAGGGCCAGUGCUCCACCGGCUUAUGAUCAAUUUGAGCCCGAUAGUCAGCCCGAUAGUCCGCACGAGAGUCAGCACGACAAGGCGUUGGACAUCGAUCAAGCUCCCCAUUGA